AUGAAUAACCUCGGUAAACUUCUGUGCAAGCGACUCAUGAUAAGGGUGGGGAGUGAGAUAGUAUACGACAAUAACGGUGAAAGUCUCAUCGAAAUCUACAAGGAUCUCUGGAAGAUGGAUUCAAAAAGGGCAAACAUGGUGGAAUACGGAAUUAUGAACGAGAACACAAGAAAGCUAUUGUCGAAGGACGACAGUGCCGAUCAGACCGCAAAAACGGAAGGUGCCUACGACCUGGUGAUGGCAAAGGUAUACAAGGAGCAGAAGAUGAAACUUGGAAAAAUUCUUAAUGAUCAUGGUCCCUACGCACCGUACAACAUGAAAAGUGGAUUUGAGUACACGAUAACCCUUCCAAAAGCCGACAAGAUUAUGGUUGCACAGUCAAGCGAAAAGGUGGAAGGAUAUACACUGAAGAACAUACACCUGGAAUACGAAACCAUAGAGAACGAAGAACUGGCCAAACGGGUAAACGAAGGAUACGAGACCGGCAGGUCCCUGUCCUACGAACAUACAACACUGUUGAAAACAACCGUGUGGGCAAAGGAUGCUACAAGGUUUAACGAGAGCAUAGACGUUCCGAGGGAAAGCAUGAGGGCCGUGGUUUUACUUUUCAGAAAAAGAACAGUAACCGACAGCGAAGAAUACGUCUUCCCGGAUAUUAAGAAGGUAAAGGUCACGAUAAAGGGAAAGCCAAAUGCCGUAUAA